UGGCGAAGGAGCUGUAAACAAAUGCUCAGGAAAAAGCGGGUUUUCUGUGCAGGAAAAAUAGAUGUGAUAUCGCGAAUAUUUUAAUAUAUUGACAUGGUUAGGAUGGAGAAAUGUGUGAAAGCGCUUUAAUGAUGCAGGCAGGACGUGGACCAUCCGAUUUCUGUAACGUUUACAUGGAGAGGAUCAUACAUUUACCGCUAAAGAUACACUAUUUAUGCUGUUAACGUUCAUCCGGAGCCGUUUUAUGUUGAAAUCAUGUUGACAGGAUCCAAAACCACCUUUAAAGUGAGGCAGAUGGUGCCCGACAUGAAGGAGAGGAUGAUGAGCCACAGUAGCCUUCAUGCGCGGGGAAGAGAUGUGCUCGGCCUCUGCUGUUUACCAGGAGAGUGUGUGCUGCAGCGGGCCAUUCUGGUGAGGAAGAAGCUAUCUGCUAAAGAAGGCGGAGGCUGGUUGUCCGGGACUCUGUUUUGCACUCAUUUCAGAGUGGCCUUCGUGCCUCAGGACAGCCAGAAACCUGACGAUAAUGCAGAUCCUGUGCUGCUUGGAGAUCACGAUGUAGCUCUCGCCUCCAUUGAGAAAGUGGUGGCAGUGGGACCGUCUCGCACCAAACUAGUGACCCCAACCUGCUCUCUGAAGUUCACUCCAGAGGAACUAGUGUUGUACUGCCGAGAUCUGCGCGUCCUCUGCUUUCUCUUCGACAGACUCACACCGGACACUCAAGCUGUAGAGAUCACGUACACCAUUGCUAAAACCUACCAGCCAUUGAAACCUGGCACCAUCCUCUCCUUCCAGAAUGCUGCUCUGGGUAGUAUCGAAAUGAAGCAGUUUCUAAGCAACAGACGGCGUGACCCCAGCAUGAACUGGUUGGAGUGUUCACAGGGAUGGGAGCAGGAGCUGGAGAGGACAGGUGCCUGCGGAUGGAGGGUCAGCUCUGUCAAUGACCGCUUUGAGAUGUCCACCAGUCUGCCAAGAUUCAGUGUGGUUCCUCAGAGAGUUCUAGACACGGAGCUCAAGAAAACAUUCGCCCACUUCAACGAGGGACGAAUCCCACGAUGGUGCUGGCGGCAUCCUCGUGGCAGUGACUUGCUACGAAUGGCCAGCUUCCAAAACAACAUCUACCAUGAGAAGGAUGACAUCAGGAAUCUGGAGCUGGUGCUGUUUGGCGGUCAGCAGCUGUGUGUGAUUGUGGAUCUGGGAGAAGAAAUGCCUUCACCUGCAGACAUCCAGCUGGCUCACACCAGACUCCGGACGCUCUGUCUGGGAGAUAUUUCCUCAUCUGUAUCAGUACCUGAUGAUAAAUGGCUGUCCACACUAGAAAGCACUCGCUGGCUGGACUAUACCAGGUGCUGUCUGAGAAAAGCAGCAGAGGUUUGUUGUUUGCUGCGAGCAGGACACAUGACUGUUGUUCUGCAAGAGCCGGAAGACCGGGACAUGAACUGUGUGGUCUGCAGUUUGGUUCAGGUGAUGUGUGAUCCUCACUGCAGGACCGUGGCUGGAUUUCAGGGCCUGGUUCAGAAAGAGUGGAUCACCGCCGGACACAAGUUCCUCAGCCGGAUCAACUACCACCGCGAAAGUGAUAAAGAGGAGGCCCCUGUGUUCCUACUGUUCCUAGACUGUGUCUGGCAGCUGUGGGCUCAGUAUCCCGCUCGAUUCCAGCUCACUGAGGACUAUCUGCUGGCUCUGCACGACAGCGUCCAUCUUCCACUCUUUAGCAGCUUCCUGGCGAACAGUCAGAGAGAGAGAUGUCGACGUUCACAGCAUCUUCCGCAGAGCUACACCCCAGUGAACGGCCUGAGAGAUGUGCCCAUGAGCGUCCCAGAAGAGCCCGUGGAUCCUCCGUUUCCCCCGGUGUGGGACUGGGCUCUGCAGUACAGCAGUCAGAGACGAGCCCGCUUCACACAGCCCAUAUCACAGCCCACCUGCCCUCCACCCGUCCUCAACGGAAACCUCAACACCAACCUGGAGCGCAGCUGGCACAAUGACGGUCUGCCAGGUUCUGUGUUCCUGUUGUCCCGAAGCACGUUUUCCCAUCCCUCCAACCUGCUUCCCUGGAGGAGCAGCAACUCAGGCUCGUACUGGAAGAGCCACCGCAGAGCUCCGUCCUCUGAGAGUCUGUCUGGACUGGAGCGUCUCAUCAGAGCCUGUUCGCUCUCUGAACCCUCAGAGAACAACACGAUCCUUCAUGAUCCCUACGAGCCCCUGCUGCCCUUGCUCUUAGGGCCCUGUGUCCGAGUCUGGAGAAGCUGCUAUUUAAGAGGAGCGCUGCAUGCUCAGGCAUUCUCUCACCCCAUGUCUUCCUGCACGCAGCAUCCAGUAGAUCAGCUGGCCUGGGAAGUGCAGCAGCUGCGAGAGAAACUGGCUCAGGCUUCAAACAGACGCCCUGAAAACCAGAUCAAACACCAGGAGUCCCGGCGACCAGAGUCCAACCUCAACCAGAACGCCAACAACGGGACCUUCCUCUUCUCUUCCUCUCGAGCAUCUCAGCAGCAGGCGCCGUCCAACCGAGGAGCAGCCCAAUCCUCUGCUCCACCCAGACCCCAGCGGACGGCAUCCGACCCCCCCAGACCCGCUCAGAGGAACAGCGGAAAGCACACCUUUCUGUUCGGACACCAACAAGAGCCUCAGUCGGGCCAGCGUUACAUUCCUUCCCCUAGUGCCAAACUUCAGAAACGCCCAGGAAACUCACAGUGAUCUGUAGGUAGGAAGGAAACGGCUCCCUAGGCUGUUUGUGUUACUGAGAUAUGAUACGGUACAAACGAAAGAAACUAUAAACAGGAGAUCUGUGCUAAUGUUCAUGUUUGGGGUCUAUUUGAACGUUUUUUAAGCUUAGCAUGGUUGCAUUAAUUUGAUUACGAUUUUUACAAAUGAUGAUAAUGUUUUCUAUUUGAAUAUUAAUUCUAAUAUUAUUACUAAUUUGUAUUUGAAUAUAAUUUAAGAAUCUUUUCUUGGAAUGCAAACUGAAUUUCUCUCAGUAUCAUUUACUCCAGUCUUCAGGGUCACAUUAUGCUGAAGAAAUCAUUCCUACUAUGCUGAUUUGUUGCUGAAGAAAUAUUUCUUAUAAUAAUCAGUGAUGUAAACAGUUGUGCUGCUUAAUAUUUUGGGAAAAUAAUGAUACAUUAUUUACUGGAUACAUUAGCAGCAUUUCUACUGUCGAGCCAUGCCAAAUGCACAGGAGCUUGAGCAGUGAGGCCGAAAUUAGGGCUGGGCGAUACUGCAAAAAAAUUUAUCACAAUAUCAUGUUUCAUAUCUUUAAUAUCGAUAAUUAUUGAAUAUUUUUUAACAAUUCAUUUAGGAAUAUUAGGAUAUUUUGUUAUUUAAACCACAUUGUUGUAAUUUACCAACUUUACUAAGGCAACUUUAAUAGUCAAAAACAAACAUAUUUAAACAAAAUAUCUGAUCUCUUUAUAAUAAAAUAAGCAUAAAUGUUAAGGUGUGAAUAAUAAUGAUAUAGUAAACCUCAAACUCUACCAACAACACAAAUUAUGAUAAUCAAAUCUGAGCUUUCAAGUAAAGAAACCAGCCGUCGUUAUUCAAAUACAUAUUGCGACAUCACAAAUUGUGAAGUUGAAUGACUAUAUUACUUACCCCCUAUGCUAAAAAACCCUUCAGAUGGGCAGCUAGUGGCUGGGAUGCACAAGAAAAGAAACCAAAAAGCCACUUUGGCGACAUCCUUACAUCCUUUUUUAAUGACCUCUUCACUGCUGCUAAACGGCACUCAUUUUCGCAUGUGUUGCUAUUCUGACCUGAAGUGACAAGCUCAUGUGCAUGGAUUCCUUGACCAUUUACAAUGGACUUUGUGCUCACGCUCCCCUGUCAUCUCUCUUAACUAGGUGACCAUCAACCAUUUUCUCAGAGGAUGACAAAUGGACAAAUCAUUGCUGAAUCAUCGCUUCCAAGUCGCGCACUCAGCAGCCACAUUUUAAUAAAACUAUAGCGCUUCAUACCGAAACUACAUACCGAAUCUUUUUUUAUCGAUAUUGACAAUGGUGUUCAGUCAAUAAAUAUCAAUAACGAUUUUAUUGCCCAGCCCUAGCCGAAAUCAUGUCGCGUUUCCACUGUCGGGACAAUAGCUUGCAACGCAGCAUGCAAACCCCGCCCCCAGAACGUCCCCCAAAUGUUACACAACCCACCCAGUUCAGUGAGAAUAAGGCAGAUAAAGCACAUCGCAUCAUCAUGAAACGAUUAUAAUGACGACAACGGAAACUGACAAAUUACACGUUACUGUACAGAAUUACAUUGUGAGCCCUAUGAUACACCUGGUGCAAUAAGGUGCAAGAUGUGUUUGGCGUGUUGCUAUUUUCUGAACAGCGCAACCCUAAUUUUCACGUUUUGCGCCACGUUGUUUAAAUAGCAAAUCCAUUUGUGCUACUUUGUGGACUCAUGGGUGUGCCGGUCUAGAAUGGAGGUGUGUUAAGGGGCAUUGUUGGCGUGUUGCUAUUUUGAGGAACUAAAAUAGACUGCAAUUGACCAGCUGAAAGCAGGUGUAAAGUUCAGAGCAGAGCGCCUUAAACGCGCAUACAUUGCUUAAUACACACAGGAUGUACAGCAAUACACAAAUAUCUUUACAUGUGAAAAAAAUGUAAAGGAUUAAAAUAUUACAAAAUUUAUUUUUUUACACAAAUAUAAUAACCACUGCCUUCAUGCUUUCUUCACCUCGGGGGGCUUUUUUCAGUUAAUUCAUGACAAUUUGCUUUUGUAUAAUGUUGUUAAUAUUAGUAGUAUUAUUCAUUAUAUUUAUAUUUGUUUUAAUAAAAACAAGCUUAAAUUUGUCCACCUGUCGGGUUUUGGAGACGUAUGCAUCACCAUAUGGGGCAUAAGAAUAGGACGUGUGUUUGGUUUUUGACCGCACUUCGUUGUUAUUGUUAAUUUAUUUGUUUGCUGGAAAUUAGAACUGAAUUUAGAAAUAGUUUAUAAACAAAUGUUUGCGCUUAAAAGGCUAAAUUAAAUAUGUAGGCUAAUGGAUGUCUUUAGUGGAGUGCGUACAACACCGUUUCCUUAUCCACGAAAGUGAAGAAUCGAGUAAAGAGUAAAAGUAAAGUAAAGAGAAAGUAAAGAGGCCGAAUGGAGGAGGUUUGUUCUUUAUCCUCAGGCUGCAGAUGGUCUGUUUAACUGUUUUCUCGCUAGUGAAGCGUUCAGUUUUUCCACUUACAAAGUCCGACAUGUAAAUAGCAAAUGCAAAUUGUGUGACGCAACUGACUCUUAAAGGGAAUGGGAGAUGAGACUCUGAUUGGAUUAAUGCAUGUUAUGCUCAAACACACCCAGAACUCAGUAAGAGGAUAAGCACAACCCUGUUAGACCAUGCGCCGCGUCGCAAACCAUAUUUUUCCAUUUUUAAAAUAGCAAAAGUGGAUUAAGACAUGCUAAAUGCUUUUGCGCCAUGCGCUUUAAACUUUGUGCCUAGAUCAUUAAAAUAGAGCCCUGUAUGUCUAUACGCAUAGGCCUAUGUAGUUUCAUCAUAUUCAUAUUACUCGCCGACCGACUGUUGGCAUCGAGUAGUCUCGCCACUAAUGGAGGGAUGAACCAGCGCAUCAUUAAUAAUAUAAUCGCAAAUAAUAUGGCGCAUGUAUUCGUGUGUGCAAUCAAAAACUAGACUCAGGCAAACUCUGCCUCUGCUUUUACUCUGCCCCGAAGGCCCAGAUGUCCCUCUUUGGCCCAAGGUAUUCAGCGGGCUGAAAAAGGCCGGCCGCUAGCCCAGAGGAAGCCCCUCUUUGGCCUGAUCAGGCCCCGGAAGAGACAAAAAAAAAAACAGACCUGCCCUGGCUUGCUUGCUUUAGGCACGAUAGUGGAAACGCGGCAACUGAUGACUGCAAAAAUGGCCUUUAUUUCAUACCUAAAGAUAUAAAUGAUUUUAUGGUACGCUGUCAAAAAUAUCCAUAAUUUAGCAGUUUUCUAGAUUUGUAUUUUUAAUGUUUAUUUAUGCUUGUGAAUUGCAUUAUGGGACUUUGAUCUUUCUUCCAACAACUUUUAACCUUGACAAGUUAAAAAAAAAUUACUUUUAUUAACAUUUUUAAUAGUUUAAAGUGAUAUAUUGCCUGCCUUAGUGUUGUAUAUUACGGUACAAAAACCUGGUAUUAAACUGCCAGGACAUUUUCUGAUAUUUUACAGACUUAUUUAUCUGUAUAUUAUUUAUUAUAUUAUUUCAAACUACUGAAAUGUCAAUAAAAUGUUAAACUGCAGAGUUGAAUUGUCAACAUCAAAAGUCGACAGAGCAGAGAUCAAGAUCACAUAAUGUAAUUCACAAACGUAAAUAAAUGGAAAAAAGUUCAUACGGAAACAGUUUAUCCACAUAUAUUUUUUACAGUGUAGCUUUGAAUUAAUUCAGUGCAUCUUUGCUGAAUUAAAAUAAUUAUUUCUUGACAAGAAAAAAAAAAUACUGACCCAAAUGUUUGAACAGCAAUGUUUGUGCAUUUAAAAAAAGAUUGACACUUCGUAUAAGCAGCUUUGUAAUAUUUAGCAAAAAAAAAAAAAAAAAAAAUUAAGUUAAUUUAAAUUGAGGAAUUGUUUUGGGGAGAGUUUUAAAGGUGUAUGUCACGACAGAGUGUUGCUCAUUUAUAUCAUUUAUUCCUCCUCAUAUUGUAACAAAAAUGUAUGACUUCAUAUUGUGGAACAUGAAAAAGAUUUCAGUCACAGGUGUCAAAGUCAGUUCCUGGAGGGCCGCAGCUCUAAUUAAACACACCUGAUCAAACUAACUGAGUGCUGUAGGCUUGUUUGAUACCUACAGAUAGGUGUGGUGAAACAGGGCUGUGGCCCUCCAGGAAUUGAGUUUGACACCCCUGAUUUAAGUGAAAUGUAUAAAACCUCAAAAAUCAUUUCAGAAACAGCUAAAUAAAAAAAUUUAUUUGCUGCAAUAUGCCCUAAUGUGUGAAAAAGAAAACAUAAAUAACAAUUAUGGGCGUCACAGGGGUGCAGCGGGUAGGUAGCGUGAUCGCCUCACAGCAAGAAGGUCACUGGUUCGAGCCUCGGCUGGGUCAGUUGGCAUUUCUGUGUGGAGUUUGCAUGUUCUCCCCGUGUUGGCAUGGGUUUCCUCUGAGUGCUCCGGUUUCCUCCACAAGUCCAAAGAUAUGCGCUAUAGGUGAAUUAGGUAAGCUAAAUUGUCCGUAGUGUAUGUGUGUGAAUGAGUGUGUAUGAAUGUUUCCCAGUGAUGGGUUGCAGCUGAAAGGGCAUCCGCUGCGUAAAACAUAUGCUGGAUAAGUUGGCGGUUCAUUCCACUGUGGCGACCCCUGAUUAAUAAAGGGACUAAGCUGAAAGGAAAAUGAAUGAAUGAAAUAACAAUUAUAAUGCUGUAAAAUGACUUGGUUUUAAUUGAACCAAACCUGCCAAGUGUAAACCAUAAAUGAUUUCUUGAGUUAAACUGAAGUCAUGUUUCUUUGCAGUGAGAUGAGGGUGACUUAAUAAUGAUGGAAUUUUCUUAUUUCUUAUGUUUUUAUUCCCAUUAGGUAAAGCUAGAAAACAUAGUAAAUAUGUCUGCAUGAGAAAUGUUACCUGUCUGAGGUUCAUGCCAAAAAUAGUCACUUGAUAAAUUCUGUGUUGGUCAAGAACCAGUUUUAGCUUUGAGUAGUUUGUGCGUUUAAUGUAGCAGUAGUUUAUGGUACAGCACAGUAGAGUAGUAAAACGGCGAUUUCUAUUUCCUCAAGCAAAAAAAGUGGGGGAAAUGGCUGCUAGCGUGCUAAUAAAAUAACAAGUGAGGUCUGCAGUUCUCUGAGUGGCCACAAGAUGGACGCAUUAUAAUCUUCAGCCUCAGUGUUGAAUGCAAAUGAAGCAUUCGGACAAAAACAAAAUGCUUCCUCGCCUCUCGAUAUUCAAAGCAAUGGCACAACGAUAUGCCUUUUUGUAUUGUAUUAAGUAUUAAUGGAAAAUAGGAGAAAAAAUGGAAACUAGAUGCAAUGUCAUUUAUAUUUCAAACGUUAUUUAUAUACUGGCUCUGCUGUUUUAGUGGAUAUGUAAGUGUUACUUCAUCUUCAGUGUACAGUGAUCAUUUGUGAUUAUAGCGAUCUCAUAUUGUGAUCAAUGGGGCUUAUAUUGAAUUAGGUUAUAUUUUCAUUUUAUAUAUAUCCUUUCUCUUAGUUUUCAUACACUGUGUAGAGUAAGGGACUUACAUUGUUUUUCAUUUACCUGUGGAUUAUUUGCAUGACUUCUUUUGUAAGAUUGAUGGAUUUUCUACCAAUGUUUAGAAGUGCUCGUUCUUGUAAAAGAGUACUUUCCUCGAAAUGAAAGCUCCGCCAUUAUUUUCUCGUCUCGACGAUGACAAGGUUUUGGAACAACAUGAAUUGUGACCGCUUUCAUUUAUUUUAGGUGAACUAUUGCCUGUAAGUUUGAUGAAAAGGUUUUGAACGUCUCUGUGAUGUGGGUUACAGACUGCUUCAGAACUGUGAGACUUUUCCAGAAAAAAGUGUUAUGCCACAGACGUCUGACAACAGUGACUUUCUAAAACCGAGAGUAUAGCUCCAGAGGCUUGUGUCCUACUUUUAUUUCCCCUACGGGGAAAAAGGUGCUGGCAACAUUAACACAAGGUACUGUUUUAUCUUCUCCUUCCCAUAUCUGUUGGAAGCCCAUUGUGACUUGGCAAUUCGGUGAGAAAAAGUCAUAAUUGUGAGAUAAUAAACUGUUAACUGUGGGAUACUGUAUAAAAUUAGAUUAGUUUGAAUUGUGGGAUGUGAAUUCUGAGGAAUUUGUGGUUGUGAGGUUUUUAGGCUUUCUCACAAUUCUGACUCUUUUUCCCGUCAUGAUUGAAUUAUAUACAUUCAGAAAUGUGUGUUUAUAACUUGAAUUUGCAAGAUAUUUGCAAGAUUUCUGAGAAAAAAAAACUCUGAACUUCACUUUUUAUUUAUACAAAUUUCGAGUUAAAGGUGGAAUAGGAGAUCUCGGAAAUGCUAAUUUUUGCCUAAUAGCACUAAAAGCUUACAUCCCACUUUUCUAAAGCCCCACCUCACCUGAACGCUUGCUAGACAACAUCACUUCAGUCCCAGAUAGCAAAAUACUCUCAGACCAGGUCCGGCAAUAUUAACACCAGCCGGAGACUUACCCCACGGGCCGCCUCAUCACAUCACAUAACAUUUACAUAACAUGUUACAUCACAUAAUAUUCAUCAGAGAGAAAACGUUAUAGGACAGUUAGUAAUUUAAACUCCAAAUUUAACACUCAUGUGCUGUUGAGGAUGUUUUCAUCCACUCUGGGGAGAUUUUGUGUUUUAAUUUAGCCAUAACUUUCUGUGUUUCUUUUUUGGGUGACAAAUCUUGGGCAAAUUUACUACCCUUUUGUUAUGUUCGGGAUGAAAACAUCCACUGAAUUAAACUGCUGUAAAAAUGCA